AUGCAAAACGAAUUGGACGGAAUUCUCAAGGAGUUCGACAGAUUAACAAAGAACUUUAUUGAUUUUGACGCCGAAAGACAAAAAUUACAGGCACACAUAGACGAAUUGCAAUUGAAAUGCGAGAAGCUUGACAAUGAAUUAGCGGAUGAGAAGAUUAAGCACUUGGGAAUGGAUGCGGUAAAUUCUGAGCCCGCUACCACCGUCACGCUAAGGAAAGAAUUCCGAAAGAUGAUGGCAGAUUUGAGAAGCGAUAAUCAAAAACUGUUGCACCGAGAAAUGGAUGAGAAGAAGAAGUUGGAGACUGCUGUAAGGAACCUCAAACGUGAAAAAGAGGCUGAAAAAUGGGAGCGAGUUAAUAAAGGAACUCAAACAAGAUUCGUGAUUAGUGUUGGGUCUGG